AUGGGCUUCAAGGAAUUUGUCAAGAGGAGGUCCCUCAGGGCGAAGGAUAACCAGCGUACCAGGGCUGCCGAACUCACAUUAAGAGAGUCGCUAUAUCCUAUAUGUCUUGUUACCGUUCUUUUCUUCCUUUGGGGUUUUAGUUAUGGUCUGCUCGACACGUUGAAUAAGCAUUUCCAAAACACACUUAACAUCACCAAGUCGCGAUCCUCUGGUCUCCAAGCCGCAUAUUUCGGUGCCUACCCUCUUGCUUCUCUCGGUCACGCCAAUUGGAUUUUGCGCCACUAUGGUUACCGGGCCACAUUCAUAUGGGGUCUCUGCUUAUACGGCAUUGGCGCACUCGUCGCGUUCCCUUGCAUUCUUGCUAAGUCCUUUGCUGGCUUCUGCAUGGCCAUCUUCAUCAUCGGCAAUGGCCUCGGAUCCCUAGAAACCGCGGCGAACCCUUACAUCACCGUCUGCGGUCCGCCCCGAUAUGCGGAAAUCCGCAUCAACAUAUCGCAAGCCUUCAACGGAAUCGGCACCGUCGUAGCGCCCGUGCUAGGCUCCUACGUCUUCUUCAAAUUCGACGACGCGACGGCUCUCCGAAACGUGCAAUGGGUGUACAUCGCGAUUGCGAUCUUCGUCUUCAUCCUCGCUGCCGUCUUCUUCCUCUCCGUCCUCCCCGAAAUCACCGACGCCGACAUGGCCUUCCAGGCGACCGAAACGCACGCUAACGCCGACGACAAGCCGUUCUGGAAGCAGUACCGCCUCUUCCACGCCGCCUUCGCGCAAUUCUGCUACACCGGCGCCCAGAUCGCGAUCGCCAGCUACUUCAUCAACUACAUCCGCGACACGCAGCCCGACGCCGACGACACCAAGGCAGCACAGCUCCUCGCCGGCGCCCAGGGCGGUUUCGCAGCCGGCCGCUUCUUCGGCUCCUUCGUCAUGCGCUACGUGCGCGCGCGCAAGGUCUUCCUCCUCUUCCUGGUCCUGUGUAUCGUCUUCGUCGCCCCAUCCAUCACCCAGCGCGGCUGGACCGGCAUGUCCAUGCUCUACGUAACCCUGUUCUUCGAAUCCAUCUGCUUCCCGACCAUCGUCGCGCUCGGCAUGCGCGGGCUAGGCCGCCACACGAAGCGCGGCUCCGGCUGGAUCGUCGCGGGUGUCAUGGGCGGCGCCGCCGUCCCGCCCCUCACCGGCGUCGCGGCCGAUUACCGCAACACGGCGUUUUCCAUGAUCGUGCCGCUGUGUUUCUUCGUCCUCGCCUUAUCCUACGCUAUUGCCGUUAACUUCGUCCCCGCGUACCGCGACCCCGCGGACGCGUUCUCGACGACGGAGGUCGGGCUGACGAAUCGUCGUGACGACGAGGAGGCGGCGGAUUCCGUCGGUGUUAUUAGUGAUGAGAAGGCUGUUCAGGCGGAGAUUGAAAAGUGA